UUUUACCGCCGGUGGUUCUGCUAUCAUUGAGAAUUAGAAAUUGGGCUUGAGUUAUCUAGUCACUUCCCCCACCUUUUUUUGGGGUUUUUUUCCAGAGUGACCUGCCUAUCCAUCUCUCGUGCAUAGCAUUCUGUUCAAGUUUCUCCAUGGAUUCCAGUGUCCCCAGUUCUGACGGUCAUGCCGUCGAUGCCCCAAUUCCCAAGGAUAUCACAGAGACUUUCUCCGAUUCCUCUAGUGCUGGUCCCGAUCGGGAAAAAUCAUUACCCAUCUUAUCCUGUGAUUCCUCGGCGUCCGGCUCCAUAAGGGGCAACUUACAUGGUGCUGAAGUCCAUCAAUUGAAGCAAAACCGCUCCGAAAAUGCAUUGGAGGGACAGAAUUUUGGUCGAGGGCCAUAUUUUUCAACCCGAUCCUCCAGUCGAGCGCCUAGGAGACUAAGUGGGAGCACUGCUGCAAGCUCCAUCAGUGAGUAUGAAACUGCCCCCACAACUAUGGGGAAAAUUGGCGUUUGUGCUUUGGAUGUGAAAGCUAGGAGCAAACCUAGCCAGAAUAUUUUAACACGGCUACAAGCCAAGGGUGACUUCGAGGUCAUUGUUUUCGGUGACAAAGUCAUCCUUGAUGAGGCGGUGGAGAAUUGGCCUGUGUGUGAUUUUCUCAUCGCCUUCUUCUCUGACGGCUUUCCUUUGGAUAAAGCUAUCGCAUACGCAAAACUUAGGAAGCCAUUCUGUGUCAACGAUUUGCCCAUGCAGAAGGUUUUGUGGGACCGCCGUCUCUGUCUGCGAAUCCUAGAUCAUAUGAGCGUACCUACCCCCAAAAGAUUAGAAGUCAACCGUGAUGGCGGGCCUACCUUGGAGUCUCCAGAGCUUGCCCAGCAUAUAUAUAAGCUUACCGGAGUUAAACUUGAAGGCCCCGUCGACGGCACAGGAGGAGGCGCUUCCAAAACGAAGAGCGUGGCUAUCUCGGAGGACGGAGAUUCUCUUAUUGUUGACGGCAAGGCUUUUAGAAAACCCUUCGUUGAAAAGCCGGUCAAUGGAGAAGAUCAUAAUAUCCAUAUUUACUUCCCGAACGAUCAACAAUACGGGGGCGGCGGUAGGCGUCUUUUCCGGAAGGUUGGGAACAAGAGUUCUGAAUACGACCCCAAGUUGGUAGUUCCACGAUCAGUCACAGAAAAAGACACGAGCUACAUAUACGAACAGUUCCUGAGGGUCGAUAAUGCCGAGGACGUUAAGGCCUACACCGUUGGGCCAGAUUUUUGUCACGCAGAAACGAGGAAGUCUCCGGUGGUUGACGGACUAGUCCGUCGCAAUACGCACGGAAAAGAGCUAAGGUAUAUAACAAAACUGAGUAAAGAGGAGGCAUCGAUAGCAUCCAGAAUUUCUCACGGGUUUGGCCAGAGAAUCUGCGGGUUUGAUAUGCUUCGAGUCGGCGAGAGAAGUUAUGUAAUUGAUGUGAAUGGCUGGAGCUUUGUCAAGGAUAAUAACGAUUAUUAUGACAGGUGUGCCAGCAUUCUGAGAGACACUUUCAUCAAUGAGAAGCGAAGACGCGAAGGCACCAUAGAAACAUCCGAGCCAAUCUCGUCAGACUCUAACCAUCCAUGGAGACACUCGGUAUCCCACAGGCACGCGUUAAAAACCUUGCUGAAGUCACCUAGCUCGUCAAAGCUAUACAGUAGUCAAAGCGUCCCUAAAACACCUGAACCCAGUUCUUCCGAAUCUUUCUUGGCCGGGCUCACGACACCUAACCGCGAAAGCAUGGAGCAGGAAAGCAGCCAGAAGAGCACAGAUACAAAAGAACCAUCAGGAUCUUCUUCCGUCCAAAGUAUUCAGCAACCCUCUGCGUCCACGGAAAUACCAGGCGAAGGAAUCCCUCCUCCUCCUCCUCCUCCUCCUCCAGCCUCAAAGCAUUCCUGGAAGCUGAAGGGUAUGGUAGCCGUUAUCCGGCACGCUGACCGAACUCCAAAACAAAAGUUCAAGUUCACUUUUCACAGUCAGCCCUUUAUUGACUUAUUGAAGGGGCACCAGGAAGAGGUUGUCAUCAAGGGAGAGUCGGCCUUACGCAGUGUCUCAGAAGCGGUUGGUGUCGCAAUGGCGCAAGAACUUGAAGACAUGGAUAAACUCAAAUUACUCCUUACAUCUUUAGAGAAGAAGGGCGGGUGGCCUGGAACAAAAGUUCAGAUAAAGCCAAUGUUCCGCAAACGGAAAGUUGAAGAAUCUUCGGACAAGUCAUCGUGUUUGGCCACUCCUCUAGGUGAUGGGGCUGAGAAAGACCCCAUUUCGCCCUCCCUAAAUGAUUCAUCUCAAGAGAAUGAGAGCCUGAGUAGGCCCCAGACUAGAAGCGAUUCUAUAUCUGGUGCCACUUUCUCAAGGUUUUCUGCUGUUGAAAAUGAUCUCAUACUAGAUAAACUUCAACUUGUGAUAAAAUGGGGAGGCGAACCAACCCACGCAGCGCGCUAUCAAUCUCAAGAACUCGGUCUUAAUAUGCGAGAUGAUUUAAAGCUCAUGAACAAGGAAGCACUGAAUAAUGUUCGAAUCUUUACCAGUUCAGAGCGGAGAGUGAGUACCAGUGCUCAAAUAUGGGCCUGUUCUUUUCUUGAUCAGAAAGAGCUUCCGGAUGAUUUUAUUCAAGUCAGAAAAGACCUUCUGGACGACUCGAACGCUGCGAAGGAUGUUAUGGACAAAGUAAAGAAGAAGCUCAAAUUGCUCCUGCGUGAGGGGUCUGCACCUUCUCAAUUUACAUGGCCUAAAGAAAAUAUUCCCGAACCAUCGGUCGUCUUAUCGACUGUUGUUGAAUUGAUGAAGUUUCACCGAGAUGUUAUGAGACACAAUUUCCAAAAGCUCGACGGCUCCUUGCAAGGCUCAUCAAGUAGCGCCCAAGCUUCGGAAAGUUCUACAGUCCAACGCCCUUCGUUUCUGCCGAAUGAAAACCCAGCUUUGGCUUCCAUUCAAGGACGGUGGUGUACUGGCGAGGAUCCUUUGCUUUUCAAGGAAAGAUGGGAAAAGCUUUUUGCCGAGUUUUGUGAUACGGAAAAAGUUGACCCAAGCAAACUAUCGGAACUCUAUGAUAGCAUGAAAUUCGACGCUCUUCAUAACCGACAAUUCCUCGAGUGGGUAUUUAUGCCACCAGACAGUGAUGAGGGUGAAGAUGAGGAUGUAGGCGACAGCUUGAGAAGGGCUUCCCGCAAAGAUUCUAUCACUGAGACGAAGCCCCAUGAAGGUUACCAAAAGGGCGACGAAACCCCCGAAAAUCAGACUUUGGUUCAACGCUUUGGACUCAAACGACGAAUGCAUACUUUCGAAUCAAUUCCACAUCUGAGGGCCCUCGAUGCCUCUUAUGAUCAUUAUUUCAAGCUCUACCCUGGCUCCAGUUCAACGAAGACCAAGUUGGACUCUAGGCUUUCCAAGCUGAGGGAGCUAUAUAAGCUUGCAAAGGUUCUAUUCGAUUACAUAACUCCUCAAGAAUACGGCAUCACCGACACUGAGAAGCUAGAAAUUGGUCUUUUAACAUCAUUGCCACUCCUGCAGGAUAUAGUUAGAGAUCUGGAGGAGGUUCAGGCGUCUUCAGAUGCGAAGUCUGUGUUCUACUUUACAAAAGAGUCGCACAUAUAUACUCUUUUGAACUGUAUCCUAGAGGGCGGGAUCCAGACAAAGAUAGCAAGGUCGGCUAUUCCGGAGCUAGAUUACCUCUCCCAGAUUUGCUUCGAGCUUUACGAGGCCAAGGAUUGCGAAUCUUCGACAAAUUCUUACUCGAUCCGAAUCUCGAUUAGUCCAGGCUGUCAUGCGUUUGAACCCCUCGAUGUGCAGCUUGACUCAAGGCAUGCAAUCGGAUGCGCACCAAGGCGCAGCUUGACUGCCCAUCAGGACUGGAAAGAGGUCAUCGAAACACUAAAAGCAAAAUUCACCACGGUUAAACUUCCAAAAACAUUUACUGCUGUGAAUCUAAGUGAUAAAAUUGUCUCUAGAUCCUAGUAGGUAUUCUUUGCUCAUGUACUUUUAUUACAUCACAUUAGAAAGGGUCCUUGGUAUGUGUAUGGUUUGCAUGUUAUUAGUAGAGUAAGUAUUUGAAUGGAUAAAAUAGUAUAAGACCUGUCUGUAACUAUACUAGUUUAUCAGAGACUUUAUUUAUAUAUGCAUAUAAAUAUAAGUAAUAGGGUCAU